AUGGCGUCGCCACCCUGGUGCGCCUCCUCCAGGUCUCCCCUGGUGCUCUCCUCCCUCCUGAUCCUCCUCUCUCUGCCUCUCUUGUUCCUCCUCGCCCCGCGCAUCCUGGCCCCCAAGACCCUCCCCCCCAUUCCCGCCUCCGACGAGCUCGACGACCUCGCUCUCUUCCGCCGCGCCGCCACCGUCGCCUCCUCCCGCGGCCUGCGUGUCCGCCUCUCUUCCCCGCCCAAGGUGGCCUUCCUCUUUCUCACCAAUUCCGACCUUUUCUUCGCCCCUCUCUGGGAGCGCUUCUUCCGCGGGCACGCUGGCCUCUUCAAUAUCUACGUCCACGCCGAUCCCACCGUCUCCGUCGCGCCUCCCCGCAGCAUCUUCCGCGAUCGUUUCGUCCCCGCCAAGCCCACCCAGCGCGCGUCCCCCACCCUCAUUUCCGCCGCCCGCCGCCUCCUCGCUGCUGCGCUCCUCGACGAUCCCGCCAACGCCUUCUUCGCCCUUGUCUCCCAGUACUGUGUUCCCCUCCAUUCCUUCCGCUUCGUCUACAAUGCCCUCUUCGAGGCCGGUCCCCGGUACCGCAGCUUCAUCGAGAUCCUCGCUGGGGAGCCGGAGCUCUGGAGCCGAUACGUCGCCCGAGGGGACGACGUCAUGCUCCCCGAAGUCCCCUUCGACCAGUUCCGGGUGGGCUCCCAGUUCUUCGUCCUGACGCGGAGGCACGCCCUGCUGGUGGUGCGCGACCGCCGGCUGUGGAACAAAUUCAGGAGGCCGUGCCUCAAGUCCAGGGAGAACUCCUGCUACCCGGAGGAACACUAUUUCCCCACCCUUCUCUCGACGCAGGACCCGGCGGGCUGCAGCGGCUACACCCUCACGCGGGUGAACUGGACCGGCAGCGUCGGUGGUCACCCGCACACCUACGGCCCCGCGGAGGUGACGGCGGACCUCGUCGGGGAGCUGCGCCGGUCAAACGGCACCCACUCGUAUCUCUUCGCCCGUAAGUUCUCGCCGGCCUGCCUCGGGCCACUGAUGGAGAUCGCCAACAGCGUCCUCUUCCGGGAAUGA